AUGGCAGACAACCGUCCCGUGAAUGGCCGAGGCGAGGAGAGUCUCCCUCUGGUCCAUCAAAGCAAUGCAAAGGAAGUCGAGCGAGUGGCACCGAUUGAAGAAGUCGGAUCUUUAGCUGACGAAGUCAAAGUUGUGAUGCGACUCGUCAUUCCAGUGGUGUUCACACUACUCAACGAGUAUGUUCCAGCAGUCACAAAUAUCGCACUGGUUGGACACUUGGUGUCACCCGAGACAAAGGAGCAUGUCGCUGCGACUGCAAUCUCGUCGAUGUUGUUCAAUAUCACGUCAAUGUCCGUGGGUCUUGGUCUCGCCACAGCUAUGGAUACACUAUGCACGCAAGCCCUUGGUGCCGGCAAUCCGAAAAAGCUUGGGUCGUACUUGCAAGGCGGACUCUUGGCAAUGGCGAUGGCCCUUGUGCCAGUGUUUGUGAUCAACUGGUACUCUGGCUGGAUUUUUGAAAGCCUCCAUCAAGACGCAGCGAUUUCAGCGAUGGCUGGGACGUUCACUCGAUACUCCACCAUGGGGCUUCCCUUCCUGUGCGUGUACGAACUCGUCAAACGGUUACUUCAAGCCCACCACAUAACAUGGCCAACUGCAGUCGUGGCCGUGCUCGGCAAUGUGAUCCACAUUGGCGUGGGGUACUACCUCGUCAACUUCACCUCGUACGGCUUUGUCGGCGCUGCCGUCGGCCGUAGCGUCGCCUAUGUAUGCCUUCCCUUCCUUGUCCUGCCCUACUUUUGGUGGCACCCUGUUCACGAAGACUGGACGAUCCAGUGGUCCUUUCGUGACGCUUGGACGGCGAUGCCGGCAUUUCUCGAGUUUGGCGUGCCGGGGAUGGUCGCAAUGGUUGCCGAGUGGGGGGCGUUUGAAAUGCUCACGCUGCUUUCGGGCCUCAUGCCGGACCACACGAUCGUGCUGGGUGUCAACUCUAUCCUCAUGACCAUCAUCUCCCUCGUGUACAUGUUGUUCUGGGGCGUUUCGACCGCCGCGUGCAUGCGAGUGGGGUUCUUUUUGGGAGGGAACCAACCGGCCAAGGCCAAACAAGUGGCUGUUUUGUGCUAUUCGAUCACAUUCGGGUGCUGUCUUUGCACCGCAGCGCUCCUUGUGCUCACGCGAGACUGCCUUCCAAAGCUUUUUGUCGACGAAAUCGACGUUGUUAGACGCUCGGUGACGGCACUCUUAUUUGUCAUUCCGUGCCACAUGAUCGACUCAAUGAACUGCGUCACGACCGGCGUGCUUCGAGCCAUGGGCAAACAACAAAUUGGCGUGGUCGUGCUCACGACCGCUUACUACGCAGUUGGAAUUCCUUUUGCAGCUCUCUGCGGCUUGUACUUUGGUUGGAGUGUUGAAGGGCUGUGGAUGGGGUUUACAUGCGGCACCACCGUCGCCUUUGUCACGUACGCAGUACAGCUACGCGCGAUCAAUUGGACCCAACAAGCCCAUGAAGCGGCUGCUCGGUCGUUGGAAUAA